AUGGCCGAGAACAUAACCAUGCUGGAUCUUACAAACAAUAACCUUCACCAUUACUACCCCGAGUUUGUUCCGAGAGCUAUCAAUGGAACCACGAUCAAAUACAACGGGAAUCCUGUGGAAUGCGACUGCACCUUGCGCAGAAUUCGGUUUGGUUGGCAACCGCUCGAUUCAAAUCAUGGGACGACGUGGUGUGCGCCGCCCCGCAGCAUCUGCAGGGAAGAGCGCUCCCCUUCAUCACCGAGGAGGAACUGCGCUGCACUGAUAACCGUCGCAGCUUUGAAGAAUACCAGGUAAACCCCGACGUGCGGUUCCGCCUGAAGGACGAAGAAAACAGGGACGUCCUUGAGAAGCUGGACAUCUCGUGGUAUGUGACGACGCGGGAGGACGUCGGCGGCUUCAAGGUGUCCGUCUACAACACGACGUCAGGGAAGGAGGUGUCCAGCAAGUCGCUCGGGUACACCGCUCGACGUCAGAGGUUCCCUGAAGUUCCCCGGGGCAGAUACCGUGUCUGCGUGGGCGGCCUCACCUCAGCCGAAGAAAGCCGCGCCCUCCAGCCCGCCCAGUGCCACGGUUUCUUCGUCAGCCACGCCCGCGUACCUCUCCCUACGCCCUUACUGCUCAUUUUCCUUAUUAUACUCAUGCUUUUCAGGUGAUCAUACUUUUAUUAGGUUAAGGGUUUUCAGAAAGAUGUUUGCAUUAUGAAUACUCAUUUUUUUCUUUUUCUUUUCAUUCACUCUUUCCGUUAUAUAUUAAUUAUUUUUUAUUGGUCACCUCUACAAAUGUAUUUUAGCCGAUUACAUGUCUGUGAUGAUGUAUAUAAAGAUGUUAUAAAAAUAUAUGAAAGAGUGCAAUAAAAGGAGUUUUGAAUACCUCGUUCAAAA